AUGAAAUACAUGGAGAAUAGGAACAAUGUGACAGAGUUUGUUCUCCUGGGGCUCACACAGAAUCCAGAGAUGCAGAAACUCAUAUCUGCUGUGUUUUCUGUCAUCUAUAUUAUCACUGUGGUAGGAAAUGUGCUCAUCGUGAUCACCAUCACUGCCAGCCCAUCCCUGGGGUCCCCCAUGUACUUUUUCCUGGCCCAUCUCUCCUUCAUUGAUGCCUGCUACUCCUCUGUCAGUACCCCCAAAAUGAUUAUAGAUUCACUCCAUGGAAAGAAGACCAUCCUAUUUGAGGAGUGUAUGACCCAAAUCUUUGGGGAACAUUUCUUUGGAGGUGCUGAGGUCAUCCUGCUGACUGUGAUGGCCUAUGACCGCUAUGUGGCCAUCUGCAAGCCUUUGCACUACAUGACUAUCAUGAAUUGGCGAGUGUGUAAUCUUCUCAUGGGAGUGUCGUGGGUGGGAGGCUUUCUUCACGCAACCAUACAGAUCCUCUUCAUCUCCAGAUUACCCUUCUGUGGUCCUAACGUCAUAGAUCACUUUAUGUGUGAUCUGAACCCUUUGCUGGAUCUUGCCUGCACUGAUACCCACACUCUGGGGCUCUUUGUUGCUGCCAACAGUGGCCUCAUCUGUCUUUUAAACUUCCUUCUCCUGCUGGUCUCCUAUGUGGUCAUUCUGGGCUCCCUAAGGACCUACAGCUUGGAGGCGAGGCACAAAGCCCUCUCCACCUGCAUCUCCCACAUCACAGUGGUUGUCUUAUUCUUUGUGCCUUGUAUAUUUGUGUACCUGAGACCUGCAGGUACGUUAUCAAUUGACAAAGCCAUUGCUGUAUUCUACACUACCAUAACCCUCAUGUUAAAUCCCUUAAUCUAUACCUUGAGAAAUGCCCAGAUGAAAAAUGCCAUUAGGAAAUUGUGUGGCAGGAAAGCUAUCUUAGGUGACAGACAAAUAUGA